AUGCUACGACAGUUUGUACAGAGCCGGUUCAAAACAACUUGGGCGAGCGACUCGCUCGAUCUGAACGCGGCAUAUUUCCUCCAAGGCGCAUGUAGGGGCACGUCACCCCCUCAGGGGGCGGCUACCGAGGGGAAGACACACCCCGCGAUAUCGGCCCGCAGUGUUGCG